CUCCCUAUAUCCUGUCUUCACAGCCGCUGGUCGACUUGCUCGUUGCGUUGCUGUACUGCGUUGCUCUGGGACACUCAGCUGGAUUGUUCUGCAGCCGCAGUGUCGGAGCACAGAGCUCAACUACUCGCUGCUGCAGGAGGUCAUCAGCUUAUCAACGCUGUUCUCUCUUGGUGCUGAAUGAUGCCAUCCAUCUCUUCUUGAAUUUAACUUUCUGAAGAAAAAACAACAACACUCUGUCCUGUGACUUUUAACCCCUUGGCUUCUCUAAUCGUUGUUUUUGAUUGGUCAGGCGUUCGUGUGACAUCACAGGAAGUCGGAUGAAGUUCCAUCAAACCCGAACACUUCUACCUGAGAUCGGCGUUGAUUUUUUUCACCACUCCAUCAGUCUGAGAGACGAAUAAACUGUCCACUGCGAACACUUCUACAAGCACCAGAACAUCCCACCUCCUUCUCCUGCUCCUCCACCCAGCAGAGAUGAACGAGGAGGUGGAGGAGUCACAGCUGUCCGAGGAGGUGCAGGAGGCUGAGGAGCAACAGGAGGAAGAGCAAGAGGAGGAGCAGUUGGUGCAGGAACAAGAGGGAAAGCAGCAAGAGGAGUUUGCAUUGGAGGGGAUGCAGGGGGAGGAGGAGGAGGAGGAGGAGGUGGUGCAGCAACAGGGGGGAGAGCAGGAGGAGUCUGCGGAGCUGCAAGAGGAGGAGGUGCAACUUGUGGAAGAGGUGCAACAGGAAGAGGAGGAGGAGAUGCUACAGAAAGAGCAGGAGAUGGACAUGCAAAAGAAAGAGGAGUUGCAACUUGAUGAAGAGGUGAAACAGCCUGAACAGGAGGAGCAGGAGCUGGAGGAAGAGCAGUUUGAGGAUCUUCCACAGACCGAGGAGGAGGAGCUGCAGACGGAGGAGGAGGUGCAGAUUGUUGAGAUGUCACAGUCUGAGGUGCAGCAGACUGAAGAGAAGCAGCAGCAGCAACAGAGUGAGGAGGAGGUGCAGAUUGAGCAGGUGCAGUACUUGGAGGACGCUCUGGAGCAGAACCACAACCAGCAGGUCCUGAUCCGUCUCAGAGGGAUGCAGAAAUACAAAAGUACAUCGCAGAGGCUGAAGAUGGUCCUGGAGCAGAUGGACUGCGGCGUGGUCGACCUGCAGGAGCUCCGCAGGAACCUGGAGCUCGCUGCCGCCAUGUUGGACUCUGUUUACACAGAUGAGACCAGACGUCUGUUGGACACUGAAGACGAGCUUAGCGACCUGCAGGCGGAGUCCGUACCCAGCGAGGUACGCGAUUGGCUGGCGUGUACCUUCAGCAGGAAGAUGGGCGUGGCCAAGCGUCGCCCGGAGGAGAAGCCGAGAUUCAGGAGCAUCGUCCACGCAGUGCAGGCUGGGAUAUUUGUAGAGAGGAUGUACAGACGGACGUCCAACAUGGCCGGUCUGACCUACCCUCCUACGGCUCUGACAGCUCUGAAGGAAGUGGAUCAGUGGUCGUUUGAUGUCUUUUCCUUCCACGAGGCCACGGGAGACCACGCCCUCAAGUUCCUUGUCUACGACCUGCUGACCCGCUAUGACCUCAUCAACAGGUUCAGGAUCCCUGUUCAGGCUCUGGUCCAGUUUGUCGAAGCUCUGGAGAACGGUUACAGCAAACACAAGAACCCGUACCACAACCUGAUCCACGCCGCUGAUGUCACACAGACCGCCCACUUCCUCAUGUUACACACAGGACUCAUGCACUGGCUGAGCGAGCUGGAGAUUCUUGCGAUGGUUUUUGCAGCGGCGAUUCACGACUUUGAACACACAGGAACGACCAACAACUUCCACAUCCACACCAGGUCGGAGGUCGCCAUCCUGUACAACGACAGGUCGGUGCUUGAGAAUCAUCACGUGAGCGCCGCCUACAGGCUGAUGGCGGAAGAGGACAUGAACAUCCUGAUCAAUCUGAACAAAGACGACUGGAGGGAGCUGCGGGCUCUGGUGAUAGAGAUGGUGAUGUCCACAGACAUGUCGUGUCACUUCCAGCAGAUAAAGACGAUGAGGAACGCUCUGACACAGACUCUCAGUAUAGACAAAGUGAAGGUUUUGUCUCUGAUGCUUCACGCUGCAGACAUCAGUCAUCCUGCUAAAGCCUGGCCGCUGCACUACCGCUGGACCCACAGUCUGAUGGAGGAGUUCUUCAGACAGGGAGAUAAAGAGGUGGAGCUCGGCCUUCCUUUCUCUCCUCUCUGUGACCGUAAAGCCACCAUGAUCGCCCAAUCACAGAUAGGUUUCAUCGACUUCAUUGUGGAGCCGACCUUCAGCGGGCUGAUCGACACUACAGAGAAGGUGAUUGGUCCUUUGAUAGAUGAGGACAGGAAGGCCAGAGAGACAGGAAACAGGGAGUCCAGCCUGACAGGCAGUGGCUCGGUUACCGUGGAGUCGGUUCAGAGACACAGCAGUGGUCGCCAUAGAAACAGUGAUGAUGGACACAUGGAUUUUUCCCUGACUGCCAUCGACCUGCCGGCUCUGAGGACCCACCUGUCAGGUGUCAUCGCCAGCAACAAGGACAGAUGGAAGGAGCUGUCUGUGCACGAGUUGGCCAAUAAGGAGCAAGAGGAAAAAGAGAGCGUGGCGUCUAAUGACAACCAAUCACAGGCCUCACCCAGCCACAGUGUCCCUGAUAGACACACUUCGGACCAAUCACAGAACUGUGACGACGCCCCUCCUGAAGAUCACCUGACCUGCAACGGGGCGGGGUCAGUGGAGAACGAUGAGCAGGAGGAUGAAGUGCCUGAAAACGCCUGAGGAUGAACCACAGCACACUCACCACUCGACGACGACGGCGAGUGUUCAGACUCGUCUGUUUAAACUCAGCAGUGGACCCGGCGGGCACCCUCAGCGGACCGCAUAGGGCCCGCAGACCUUAUGUUUACAACGAUCCAUCACAUUUAAAGUGACACCGUUCAUCAAAGAACAGCUUCUUAGUGCUGAACGUGUUUAUGAUUUUAUUAGAGACUCAGUGGGAAAAAGAAUGUGAAAUAAGAGGAAGACGUAAAUAAAAAAUAAAGACAGGUGACACCAGAGAGCAAAGUGUUCUCAGGCUAACGCAGGUUAAGUGUUUAUUCUGUGGAGGAAUGAAGCAUUUGUGAAUGAAGUUAAUCUCUUAUAAGAUGUCAGGAGUGUGAGGAUGAUUUCUGCUCUGGGCUCAAAUGACUGUUGUGCCUCUGGCCACACCCACUGAAUGUGAUGUCAUCAACCAUAGUCACACUGUGGCCCAUUUUUCUCCGAUAUCAGCGUCAGGUUAAAAAAAGCUUCUGUGAUGUUGUGUGUCAGGCUUGCCUGUUUAAACAAAGCCUUUUGAUUGGCUUACUGUCUGAGUAAACUUUCAUUGGGUUCGAUAUCCAAUCAUGGGUGACUCUCUCUCUCUCUCUCUCUCUCUCUCUCUCGUCUUAAUGCCUUUUUGUUCAUCAUCCAGUAAACAAGAUGUGCUGAGUUUAACUUUUAAGUUUACCUUCAUCCAUGCUCGACCUAAAAGUCACAGAAACAGGGCUUAAGUCCAGCUGGUGCACAGGGCAUGACUUUCAACUCUGAGUCAUACCCCAGCUGGUGCGCUCGGCCAUGGCUGUUUUUUUCUUUUACCUAAAAGUUGACGUGCUGAUCCCGAUUUCCCCAAAACUCACACACAGCGUUACAAUGCUGGAUGCCCAAACUUUUCAGAUCAGAUCAAAGUUUCAGAUCAUGAAGUUAACGUAUUUUGGAGUUAUCCAGGAUAAGUUUGCAUCACAAAUAACUAGAAACCUCUCACAGGAGCUUUAAAUUAUUUUUUUAUCAUAAAACCACACCCGUCCCACAAGCAUCAAUUUCAGCAGCUGGAGAUGUUACAACUGCAUCUUCCCUGAGACUUCACUUCAAAAAAGUUCUUGUUCUUCUGACUCCUGUCUCAUAACUGUGGAGAUGAUUCAUUGUUUGUGAAGAAUAGCAGGACUAUAUUAAAACUGAAAUGCAUUUUUUUAAGGUA